AUGCUUGAGCAAAUUAUUAAUUGCCAAAACAAGAGAACUCCAUCGCCUCAAUGCCAGAGACCCAUUUUAUAUACCAACUACGCCUCAGAGUCUUCCUGGAGAGUAAGAAUUGCUUUGGAAUGGAAAGGAAUUGAUUAUGAAACCCGUUACAUUAAUUUGGCCACUGGAGAGCAUUUGACUGAAGCCUACUCUGAGAUAAACCCAUGCAGGCAAUUACCCUGCCUCAUCACCAAAACUGGUAAAAUCAUAACUCAAAGUAUAGCUAUAAUUGAAUACCUUGAGGCGACGUAUCCAGAAAGACCUAUAUUUCCAAAGAGUCCAUUGUUGAAAGCCGAAGCAUUAUCAGUCGCAUUGAAUAUAGCAUGCGAUAUUCAGCCGUUGCAGGCAGAACGUGUGUUGAACUGUCUGGAAAUAGGAGGCGAGUUGAGGCAGCAGUUUUGUCGAAGAAUGCUUGAAAUAGGACUACAGGGCUUAGAAAGCAGGCUGGAAAAGAUAUCUGGCACCUACUGUAUUGGUGAGCAUAUCACCAUUGCUGAUUUUUGCUUGGUCCCGAUGGUGUUCACAGCAAGAAAGAAGCAUAAUAUCGACCUGAAACCAUACCCGUACAUCACAAAGAUACGCAAUACUUUAAUGACCUUACCAGAAUUCAGAAAAUCACAUCCUUUCAAUCAGCCUGACUGUCCACAAGACAAGAAGGAACCUGUGAGCUAA